AUGGCUCCGAACCAAUGCAGUGCCGUUGCAGCUCCGGACACACUCUGGGCCUUCUGUCCUAACACAGGCGCGGCCUACGCUUUUACGGUCUUCUUCGGGCUGUCCUUCAUCGGCCAUGUGGCCCAAGGGGUGCUUUACAAGAAAGCGUAUACCUGGGUGGUUGCCAUGAGUGCUCUGUGGCAGACAGUUGCAUACAUCUUCCGUAUCCUCAGCAUCAACGAGCCGGCCAGCCUUGGUAACUAUGCUGCGUGGUUCGUCCUCAUCCUGGUGGCGCCGUUGUGGACGAACGCAUUCGUAUAUCUCGUGCAGAUGGUGAUGGGCCGCAUGGUCUGGAACUUUACGAGUCGUGCUAAAGUCUUUGGCAUCUCCGCCUGGCGCUUUACGAGCAUUUUUGUGGUCUUGGACGUCGUGGCCUUCGUUGUCCAAGUGUACGGAGCCGCAUCGACGCAGUCCAGCCCUACAAUCUCCAACGAGGAAGUGUUGAAAGAUCUUCACAUCUAUAUGGGUGGUGUUGGUAUCCAGCAGCUCUUCAUCCUUGUCUUUCUGGGUUAUGCCAUUGGCUUCCAUCGGACAAUCAAGAGACAGACAGCUCUGGACGGUCAUGCAAGAUCCAGGGCGCUGGUCAUGCUGUACACACUGUACAUCUGCCUGCUUUUAAUCACCAUCCGAAUCGUCUUUCGCCUCAUCGAGUACUCCAAAGGUCUGCAAAGCACCAUUCCUAACCAUGAGGCUUACCAGUACUGCCUGGAUUCACUUCCGAUGCUGGUUGCGCUCGUGGCGCUCAACGUGGUUCAUCCGGGGAGGCUCAUGCCUGGCAGCGACAACAACUUGCCUUCGAGGAAAGAGCGGAAAAACGGCCUCAGGCACAAGUCAGGUUUCGAGCACUUUGACAUGUCGGCGGCAAGAAAGCCGGAUGAUCGGGAGGACAAUAUAACUUGGGUCUGA